UCAAUGUACUAUUAUUAUUUGGGUGGAUUAAGUUAGUUUCCGUAUUACAUAUGGAUUUUCUUUUUAGCUUGUUUUGGUUUUAACCCAUUCAGUUGGUGGCGGCAAUACACCUUUAGGGUUGUAUUCCGCAAUAAAACCCACAGAAGAAGAAGAAGAAGAAUCUGGGAACAAGGAAGGAAGGAAGGGAUUCAAGGCUGGAUGAAUGUUUGAAAUUCCGUUUCCGCUUUAGGGAGUGAAAAUUGAUUUGAGCAGAACUUGACUUGAAAAUCUAUUUAUUUCAGAGACCUACUCAACUUUUACAAUAUUGAUUGUACUUUUGGAUAAGUUGUAUCAUGGCUUCUUCGCCGCAAAAGUCGCCAUCGUCUCCGUCGCCGACGACUCCGAAAUCACCCUCUUCCAGAAAGAAAGAUGACUCGUUCCUGGGAAAGCUUGGAGGAACUUUAGUAAGAAGAAAGAAGGCAAAAGAAGUGUCUGAGCUCCAGGAGGAGGGGAUGAACGCCAUCAACCUGCCCUUGAGCCCCACCCAAUACGAACUGGACCCAGAGGACACCAUGCUAGAUGAGAAUGAGGUCCGCACCAUGGUCGACCCCAACUCCAAGAAUGACCAGAAACUACAGGAACUCCAGAAGGUGCUGAUCGACUGGAUCAAUGAUGUGUUGGUGGGAGAGAGGAUCAUCGUGAAGGACCUGGCUGAGGAUCUUUACGACGGGCAGGUUCUGCAGAAACUCUUUGAGAAGCUGGAGGGGGAGAAGCUAAAUGUAGCUGAGGUGACCCAGUCGGAGAUCGCCCAGAAACAGAAGCUGCAGACGGUGCUGGAGAGGAUCAACGACUCCAUCAAGGUCUCUGCCAGGAGCAUCAAAUGGAAUGUGGACUCGGUCCAUGCUAAGAGUAUAGUGGCCAUUCUUCACCUGUUGGUGGCGCUGUCUCAGCACUUCAGAGCACCAAUCAGACUUCCUGAUCAUGUGUCCAUCCAAGUAGUGGUGGUUCAGAAAAUGGAGGGGAUUCUGCAAUCUCGCCAGAUCCAGGAGGAGAUCACAGGCAAUACAGAGGCUUUAUCUGGGAGACAUGAGCGAGAUGCUUUCGACACCCUGUUUGACCAUGCUCCAGACAAGCUCAAUGUGGUGAAAAAGACUCUCAUCACCUUUGUGAACAAACACUUGAACAAGCUCAAUUUGGAGGUGGCUGAACUGGACACACAGUUUGCUGACGGUGUGUACCUGGUUCUGCUGAUGGGACUGCUGGAGGGCUACUUUGUUCCACUCUAUCAUUUCUUCCUGACUCCUGAGAACUUUGACCAACAGGUGCACAACGUGUCCUUCUCCUUUGAGCUGAUGCAAGACGGAGGUCUGGAGAGACCCAAACCUAGACCUGAAGAUAUUGUGAACUGUGACCUCAAGUCAACGCUGAGGGUGCUGUACAACCUCUUCACCAGGUACAGAAAUGUGGACUGAAUAUGCAGUGUUGGGGAGGACUCAUUUUAUGGGGUACCACAUUAAAACGCUUCAGGCAUUUUUCCACAAUUACAUGCUACAAGGGAAGUUGUCCCUUGCAAAGAGCACUACAAACCAAUUCAGGACAUUCAGCAUUGCUAUUAUGAUAAUUGUCUAUAGAUUCCAUUAUUCCAAAUAAUGUAUGUUCCAUAUUAAUAACUAUUGUAUGUGCCGUUUUGCCAUUUUGAAAAUACACUAAAUACUGUAUCUGUUUUUGUUUCUUAAAUUAAUGCAUAUUAGUUUGAUUUUACUUCGUGAUUGUAUGAUUGGUAUUUUAAUUAUAUAUUUUUAUUGAUGAUAAUUCCCAUUUUUGAUUCUUAAAAUGUAAUAUUUCAAAAGGUUUGGUAUAGUGAUUAAUGUUUCCAUCCCUAAAGCUUGUUUCAUUUAUCUACUAAACAAAUGUUUGUUAACCUAUAUUUAUUUUGAUUUCAUGUACACCUGACCUUCUCAUUCACUUAGCCAUUUUCUACUUUCAUUAGUAGAUAAGUGCCUUUAUUUAAACACAUACUGCAUGCCGUUAUUAGGAAGACACCACUUAAAGUACUGACUGUGAUUGAAUAUGCUCUUUUACUUUAUUCUCAAAACGGUUUUGCAUGUAUCAUAUAUGAUAAAUGUUUUAAUGACCCCGAAAUGAAAUUCCUAAAUGUUGAAAUGUUAAAGUAAUAAUCUUAUAAAGAAACGGAAGCUAUCACUCACGGUAACCCUUUAUUUGGAUAGUCCAUCUGUAGAUGCUCUACAGCGGUGGUCACCAAAGUUUUUUGAGUCGAUCAGUUUCGGAGUCAAAAUGCAAGCCGAGAUUUACCGUAGAAAAACGGAAGCCUAUGCAACAUUAACCUAUUAAAAACAGUACUGUAGUAAUGAGGUUUGUGCCGUAGGCUAUAGCCCCAAAACAUUAUCACCGCAUAUUGGCUUUGUUUGAAUUGCCCUGCCAAUGCAUUGUUGUUCUUCCCAGACCAUUAAA